AUGGACGAAGAGAAAAACAACCCUGAUAAGUCUUCAACCGUUUCUCCUAAGGCCGGUGAAGCCACCAAUACGGAGUCGCCCAAGGUCGAGACAAAGCCAAAUGAAAUCGAAACUGCAGAGGGGAAGACACCAAAAAAGGAGGGUGAUCAGCUCGGAGAGAUCGAAGAGACCAAAGAAGUACAUGAAGAAGCUCCUCCUCCUGAGAUCCAAUAUACUCUUGAAACAGCUUCGGAAGAAAUCGAUAAGUUUCUCUCAACAUUACCUGCAAAAACUGAUGAUGAGAAUAAUAAAGCCUCGCCGGAGAUCCCGGAGACGGUUAUUGGGAAAUUCUUGGAUCUUUUUGAGGAGCAACUCACCAAGCAUGACUCAACAGUCGAAGGAAAAGUGAAAGGGUCUCAGGUUCCUGAAGAUGAUACGUUGAUUUUGAACGCUGUGGAUCGAGUUUCGAAGCUGGCAACGUCCAUUGGUGAGCUGAAAUCGGAUGCUGACAAAAAACAAUGCGUUUUGAUCAACCGAAUCGGUGCGAUUAAACAGCGUGCAAUGUGUUUCUUGGAGGAUGAAUUCAGGUUGAUUCUUGAACACAUUCCUGAUUCAUCAGAUCCAAAAACUGAAACAAAAGAUGCUGAAGAAUCCGCUCCCACUGAGGAUUAUUCCACAAAUUAUUCCGGAUAUACUCCGGAAAUGUUGUCCAGCUUGAAUAAAAUCGCCCAUGAAAUGAUCUCGGCAGGGUAUGAAUCUGAAUGUGUCGAGAUUUACAUGAUAUCAAGAAGGAUCACGUUUGAUGAUAACUUGAACCACACAGGUUUUGAGAAGUUCAGCAUCGAUGAAGUACAGAAGAUGAGUUGGGAACACCUAGAGAGAGAAAUCGCCACGUGGAUCUCUACCUUCUCGGAAUGUGCCACGCUGUACUUCCCCGGAGAGAAAAAGCUGGCUGAGUCGGUUUUUACGGACUAUCCCAUGGUCUCGUCAAGCCUGUUCAGCAAUCUUACACGUGGCGUGAUGAUUCAGUUACUUAAUUUCGCCGAAGCUAUGGCAAUGACCAAACGCUCGGCGGAAAAAUUGUUUAAGGUUCUUGACAUGUAUGAGACUCUACGUGAUAAUAUGGCAGCUUUGCAAGAACUGUAUCCCGGUGAAUGUUCGAACGAGGUCAAGACGGAGACGGCAACUGCUAAAAUGAGGCUUGGAGAGGCGGCAAUUUGCAUGUUUUGUGAUCUUGAGAAUUCGAUCAAAUCCGAUACAGGGAAGAUGACCGUGCCCGGUGGUGCUGUCCAUCCUUUGACUCGCUACACUAUGAAUUAUUUGAAGUAUGCUUGUGAGUAUAAGAACACGUUAGAGCAAGUUUUCAAAGAGCAUUGUAAGAUUGAAAGAAACGACUCGAGAAGAAGAACAGAUUUUGAAGUGGGCGAAGUGGAUCAGUAUAAUAGAAACAAUAAUAAUAACAGUAACAGCAAUAACCAUGAAGAACAUCAGCCGUCCCCGUUUUCGAAUCAAUUAGUGAGAGUGAUGGAUUUGUUGGACACCAAUCUGGAGGGGAAAUCGAAGCUGUACAGGGACAUAUCAUUGAGCAGCAUUUUCAUGAUGAACAACGGACGCUACAUCUUGCAGAAGAUAAAAGGGUCAACGGAGAUCCACGAUGCGAUGGGGGACACGUGGUGCCGCAAGAAGUCGUCCGAUCUAAGGAACUACCACAAGAAUUACCAGAGGGAGACCUGGGGGAGGCUUUUGGGUUGUUUAACACUUGAAGGAUUGAUGGAAAAAGGGAAGGUGGUGAAGCCGGUGCUAAAAGAGAGGUUCAAGAGCUUCAACGCAAUGUUCGAUGAAAUUCACAGGACUCAGACGUCGUGGGUCGUCAGCGAUGACCAGCUUCAGUCAGAGCUCAGGGUUUCAAUAUCGGCAGUUGUUAUCCCUGCUUACAGAUCAUUUGUAGGAAGAUUCUCACAGUACCUGGAUCCAGGAAGGCAAUCGGAGAAAUAUAUCAAGCUUCAGCCUGAAGAUAUAGAGACUUACAUUGAGGAGUUGUUUGAUGGGAAUACUUCAACUUCCAUAACUUCUUCAAUUCAACUCCGAUUCCUGAUCCGGUACCCGAGAAAGGAACCGAAACUUGCAUUUUAG